AUGAGUAAUUGCCGAUCAGAUCCCGCUGAUCCCUUUGAAGCUCAGCAAGAGCAGCGAUUGGACGACGAGGAGGAAGCCAUUCGCCUCCUUACGCGAUUGGAACGGAGUCUAGACGCGGCUGCUGACGUGGCAGCCGUUGAAACAGCGGUCGCCGCUUUGCUGGCACCCAACGUACGCGCUGGAGCGUCGGCUGUAGCAUCGGCUGUAGUGGAUCGAGCGGCGCCAGUGCUUCCCCCUUCCGCCCACCGCGCCCUGCUCGACCCGCUCUUCCUCUCCGCCCCCCUCCCCUCCGCGCUAGACGCCCUCCUCCCCCUCCUCUCCGCCUCCCCCUCCGCCUACACUGCUUCCGCGGACGAGGAGUUGCUUUGGGGGGAAGAUGGGGGGAGAGGGAUGGGGGGACAUGGGGCAGAGGGAAGUGAGGGGAAGGAUGUUGGCGAUGGUGGUGGUGGCGCUGCUGCUGCUGGUGAUGUGUUGGGUGGAGGGGUGUGUGGUAGAGUGGCGCAGGGGAGGAGGAGCACCAUUGCACGCAAGGAGGCUGAGAGGCUGCUCCUCCUUGCAAUCUUCGGUUCGCCUGACGGCCCAACAGCCGAACCAGUCAAGCCAGGCGCAGAGUGCACGCCUGCAGUUUCUACUCCUGACACGUGUCCAAAUGUGACUGGAGCAGGGAGCAUGGCUGGAGCUGCUGGGUGCAGAGAGACCCUUGUAACGUCAGGGGGCUUGUACAGAUUCUUGGUCCACCUGGAAUCAAGUCGCUGCACGUUAGCAGCGUCAGCCACGUCAGCAUCAUCAUCCACGUCAGCAGCAUCAGCCACGUCAGCAGCAAUGUGGAGAGGAGAGUACAGCAUGGAAAGAGUGGUGUCCCAGCUGGCGUCGGUGACCGAUAGGGCGUCGUCACACGCGCCUUCUGCCCUGCAUGCUCCUCACUUCAUCUCGUCUCUCAUCCGCCAUACUCUCACCACCGCUGCCACCAUCGCUGCCUCUCGCUCCUCCUCACCACCUCCCCCUACACCUCCCUCCCUCUUAACAACCAAUGUGUGGUGGCAGUUAGUAACUAACAAGGAUGUGGGGCCUCCCCUCCUCCCCCCUUUCUGCCACCCUUUUCUUUUCCCUCUUCCAUGCUCUCUCCGCUUCUCCUCCUCCUUUGCCCUCCCGUCCUCUCCUGCUCCUUGUCACUCUCCUGCCCUCCCGUCCUCUCCUGCUCCUCCCUAUUCUCCUCCCUCUCUGCUUGCCGCUCGCCCCUCUCUUCCCAGCGACCGUGGCAUCCGAGCUCCAGCUCUCGUCCAAUCAGCAUCCAUGGAAAAGCAGAUCUAUGUGACAGCAGCAGCAGGCUUCCUCCUCUCCCUCCCUCGCCACCACAACCCUCAAGCACUGUCCUCAUCCGUGCAUCACUCCCAUCCCCCCAUUCGCCUGCACCCAUCGCUGCUCACGAUGCUUCUCAAGGGGGUCUCCACCCACCCCUCCUUCCCCCACUUCCUCUCCUCCCCCCUUUUUUUGCUGCCUGUUCCUGCUUCUGACGUGCUGAUGGUGCGAUUGGAAAGUCCCCUCCCGCUGGUGCGCCUGAUGGGUCAGCGCCUUGCCUUCGCCUUCUCUGUGGCUGUCCACCCUGACCGCCCCCCCAUGCUGUUUGGGGAGUUUGCAUAUGAGCGAGGGAUAGUCUCUGGGGGGGAGGAGGGGAAGCGAGGAGGCAGAGGGGGGAGUGGGGUGAGUGAGGGGAGUGCAGCUGCUGUUGAGUCGACUCACGAGGCGGCUAUUGCUGCUGCUCUUAAUUUUGCAACGGGAUGGGACGUUGGGGGGGUGACGGGGCAGGUGUGUAGGGAGGAGAAGAGGGGAGGGGAAGGGGCGAAGGGGGCCGGUGGGGAUGGUGGGGAAGAUGAGAAUCAGGACGUGGAGAAGCGAGGAGGGGAGGGGGAGUUGGGCAAGGAGGAACGGGAGGAGGAUGAUGAGAGUGAGGGAGGGAGUGAGGAAGGGAGCGAGGAGGAGAGUGAGGAAGAGUGGAGUGAGGAGGACUGGGAUGAGGUGGAAGAGGAGAGCGAGGAGGAAUCAGACGAGGAAGAGGAGGAUGCAGGGGGCAUGGGAAUGGGCGUGGCCAUGGGCAUGGGAGUAGGAGUGGGCAUGAGUGGGGAGGGGGGUGGAAUGGCGGCUCCCAUGCAGCUGCGCUACUGUGCAGCAGACCUGAGGAAGGCCGAUGAUGUCAGUGCGAUGGAGCGGGCGCUUCUCUCCCUUGAGCCAAUGAUCCGCUGCCAACCGGACGAGCUGGAUGACGUGGCAGCUGAGCUGGCGCGCUCCCUUAUCCACAUGCAGUGCCAGUUCCUCUUGGUUGGGGAAGAACCGGAGGGGGAGGAGGGAGAGGAGGAGAGCGGGAGCGAGAUGGGCGAGGAGGGGGGAAAAGGUGAGGUAGAGGAGUGUGAGGUAGAAGAGUGGGGCUCCUUCAGUAAAACGAAGAAGGGCAGCAGGGAAGAAGAAGGAGCCAAGCAACGGAAGGGAGGCAGCGUGCAAGGCGGGGAAGGAAAGGGAGGAGGGCAGAGAGCAGAGGGUGCAGAGGAGAGGAGGAGAGCAUCGCUGGUGGCCCUGGUUGUCUUUUCCCCGGUGGCAUCGCUCGAGGUGCUUCUGGGGGAGGUGUUUUCUGCCCACCUGCCCGGGAUUCUGCCCGGAGAUCUCGGGCAGCCCGAGAUGGCGAAGGCAAUGUUAGCAGCAGCAGACGGAGGAGGGUUCGGCCUGACCGGGCUCACGGGCAGCUGGACGAAAAGUUUCGCACGGGACCUGCCCCGGCGCCCUGGCGACCGCAUUCUCGGGCAGGAGAAACGAACCUCCGAAGCAAUCGAAUAUGCAAGAGAGAAGCUGCCAGGAAGCAGCGGUCAGAACCAGCAGCACCAGCAGCUGCACAGUCAGCGUGAUUCGUCCACGUGUACCCCUCCACGUGUGCGAUUCGCUGACGUGGCGGCGGGGUUCAUGCUGCCGCUGAUGCGAGCGUACGACAGGCAGAGCCACGGGGUGGACUGGGUGGGGCGGGACUUUGUUGUUCUCGCUCACGUGCUGCUGCUGCUGGGGAAAUGCCUGCGCCUCCUCGCCCCCUCUCCAUCUCUCCUGCCUCUUGCAGCAGCUCUGCUGGAAUUUAUCAACGCCAGUCCCAUCGCCCUGCACCCAGAGCCCUACGUGCAGCGCUGUGCCAUCUUUGCUGCCGCCUCGCUGCUCCUCUCGCUGCCCCCUGCUGCCGUCGCCGCCGAAGGGCUCCUCCUCUCCUCUGCUGCUUCUGUUGCUUCUGGAGGCACCGCAACCACUGGCUUUGGCACUGUUGCUGCUGCUGGUUCUGGGAGUGCAGGCGUGGGGCUGUCAGGGAUGCUGCGAGUGAUGGCUGCAUGGUUGGGGAGACUGGCAGAGGAGAGUGGUGACGAGCAAACCAAAGCGGUGAGUGCUGAGACCAAAGCGGUGAGUGCUGAGACCAAAGUGGUGAGUGCUGAGACCAAAGCGGUGAGUGCUGAGACCAAAGCGGUGAGUGCUGAGACCAAAGCGAUGGCCUUUGGAUGCCUGCAGCUGUACGACGAUUUCGCCAGGGCGUGCCUGCAAGCAGUGCUUGGCAGCGGCAACCCCCCCACGUGA